CGCGCCGCCCCGCCUGUCCGCGCCAUGCUGCUCUUGGUGCUGCUGUGCGCCCAGCUUUGCGCCGCCGCCCUCAGCGGCCGCGGCGAGUUCCGCCUGGCCGGGCUCUUCCAGAUCCACGGGCUGCGGCCCGGCCGGCCGCUGGCGCGCGGCUGCUGUGUGGCCGCCGCCUUCAAGAGCCACGGCUACCACCUCGCGCAGACCAUGCGCUUCGCCGUGGAGGAGAUCAACAACUCCAGCGCGCUGCUCCCCAACGUCACGCUGCGCUGUGAGAUCCACGACACCUGCACGGAGGCCGCCAACCUGCACGCCACGCUGCGCGCCCUCGGCCGGGAGGGGCGGCACCGCAUCGAGCUGCCGAGCGCCCUGCAGCGCUACGAGCCGCGGGCCGUGGCCGUCAUCGGGCCCGACAGCACCCAGCUGGCGCUCACCGCGGCCGCUAUCCUGGGCGUCUUCCUCGUGCCGGAGAUCAGCUACGAAGCCUCUCUGGAGACGCUGAGCCUGAAGCGUUUCUACCCGUCCUUCCUGCGCACCAUCCCCAGCGAUGGGCAGCAAGUGAAGGCCAUUGCACUGCUGCUGCAGCACUUCGGCUGGACUUGGGUUGCUCUGGUGGGCAGCGACAACAGCUAUGGUAGGGAUGGGCUAAAUGCCCUCUACGAGCUGCUGGCCGCAAGUGAUGUGUGUGUUGCCUACCGAGGUAUCAUCCCUGCGACCAAGGAUGCCAGCAGCCCAGAGUUCCACAAGCUGAUCCAAAUCCUUGUGGACAUCAGGGUCAACGUCACUGUUGUCUUCUCCAACAGGAGGAAUGCCCAGCCCUUCUUUGAGGCGGUGGUGCAGAAGAACAUCACGGGAAUGGUGUGGGUGGGCUCUGAAGACUGGUCUUUAGCCCAAACCAUCCGGCAGGUGCCCAGCAUCCGAAAUAUCGGCUCUGUGAUUGGCAUUUCGGUGGAGCAGGCAGAGCCCACAAUGCUGAAACGCCUUCAAUCUUGGGAAAAUGCAAAGGAACGUGGGGUGUCUGGAAGUGCUGGCAGCACAGGGCUGGUGGGGGAAAAUGGACCGAGCAGCAGUGAAGGAGUCCAGCUGAACUGCACCCAGCACUGCCCAGGAGGCCACUUGCUUGCUGAUACCCCAGAUGUAUACGACAUGCAGGCCUCUUACAACGUGUACUCUGCUGUGUAUGCGGUGGCCCACGGCCUCCAUGACCUGCUGGGUUGUACCUCAGGGGUGUGCAGCAAAGGCAGAGUCUAUCCCUGGCAGCUCCUACAAAAGAUCAAGCAGGUGAACUUCAGCCUGCACAAGAGCCAGAUCUCAUUUGAUGCCAACGGGAACAUUCGUAAAGGUUAUAACAUCAUUGCCUGGAAUUGGAGAGGCCAGAGUUGGGCUUUUGAUGUGGUUGGAGCUUUCACUGUGAACCCUGACCAGCUGCACAUUGACCAGAGCAAAAUCUUGUGGCACACAAAAGAUCACCAGCAGGCUCCUGUCUCACUCUGCUCCUGGCCCUGUGCAGCUGGGGAGAUGAGGCUGCAGCAGAAUCGCCACAGGUGCUGCUUCAGCUGUGUGGCCUGUCCAGCAGGGACCUUCCUGAACAGAACAGCCCCGUACGCCUGCCAGGCCUGCGGGAGAGACGAGUGGGCACCUGCAGGGAGCGAGACCUGCUUCAACAGGACCGUGGAGUUCCUGUCCUGGGCUGAUCCCCUCUGCUGGGUGCUGCUGAUCCCCACUGUGCUCCUGCUGCUGCUCACGGCAGGGCUGGCUGCCCUCUUUGCCCGGAAUGUCUCCACACCAGUGGUCAGGUCAGCGGGCGGCAAGAUGUGCUUCCUCAUGCUGGGCGCUCUGGCCUGCACCUGCAGCAGCAUCUUCUUCAACUUCGGGGAGCCCACCCGGCUCUCGUGCCUGGUGCACUUCCCGCUCUUCACCAUCAGCUUCACUGUCUUCCUCUCGUGUGUGGCAACGCGCUGCUUCCAGAUCGUCUGCAUCUUCAAACUGAGCGCGCGGUGGCGGGCACUGCACGAGGCCUGGCAGCGGCGCGGCGGCCCGGCGCUGUUCAUCGCGGCCAGCACAACGGCGCAGGCGGCGCUGUGCGCGGCGACGGCGGCGGCUUCGGGCCCCGCGGUGCCGCGGAGGCGUUACAGCGUGGCGGCCGAGCGCGUGGUGCUGGAGUGCGGCGCGGGCAGCGCGCCCGGAGAGACGGCCGCCAUGCUGUACAACGUGCUGCUCAGCCUGGGCUGCUUCGCGCUCAGCUACGCGGGGAAGGACCUCCCCGCGGACUACAACGAGGCCAAGUGCCUGACCUGCAGCCUGCUGCUGCACCUCAUCUGCUCCGCCGCCGUCCUUUGCACGCGGAGCGCCUUCCGCGGGCGGAGCGCGGCGGUGACGGCGGCGCUGGGCGCGCUGGGCACGCUGGCAGCGCUGCUGGGCGGUUACUUCCUGCCGAAGGGCUUCGUGGUGCUGCUGCGGCCGCACCUCAAUACGGCCGAGCACUUCCAGCGGGCGAUCCGCAGUUACACGCGGCGCCGCGACGACUGACGGCCGGAGCA